GACAACGUAUCCAGCAUAUGAUAGACGAGCAAAAUUCCGAUAUGAAAGUGAAUGCUAUUUUACUAGAUUUUUACAUUUGGGAUUAUGCCAAAGAGAUCCAAGGCACUGUAGACAUCCCCACUCAUAGAACUCGCAGCGUUUAUUAUUAAAAGAAAUGGCGUAGCGUCGGGCAUUCAUGGUCCCCGAGUGUUGACUCACGCAGGCAAAAGCAGUCCAACAUUUGAGCUCACUGAGAAAAUGUAAAACCUCGCUGUUUGCCAUUCCCUUGUCAUUCUCCCACCAUGAAAAGCAUGUGGUCAGCGUGCCUUACCCGGCAUAAACCAGGCAUGUUACGAAUGGUGCAUAGCAGAGUCAACUACUCGGUCAUGCCCAUUACAUGCUCGCAGUUGAAAGAGCAGCUCGACCAGCAAAUUGAGCACGACGCAUUUUGCAAGUCCGUCACAGUGAUAGAAGUUCGAAAUAGACAAGAAAUCGAAGACUCGGGCAAAAUCAAGUAUUCUGUUAAUAUCCCUUUACCGCACUUGAUCGAAGAUCCUCAUCGUUUGUUGGCUGAUUUUCCCAAAGACAGAAAGCUUGUGUUUCAAUGUGCUUCAGGUCGCCGAAGUCAUAUGGCAGCCACCAAAGCGCUUGAGGCAGGCUUUACCAACGUCUAUAAUUUAGAAGGAGGCUUGACCGCUUGGAAAGCAGAGUAUCCCCUUCAACCAUUUAAAAAAAACCAUUCCCCUACCGUCCACACUAUCCUCGACAAUGCCACCGAUACAGCUCAGUACAUUGUGACGGAUGAAGACACUCGCGAAACCAUUUUGAUUGACCCUGUCCUUGACUAUGAUCCAUUUUCCGGCACGGUCAAGGCAGACACGGCCAAACAAUUAAUUGAAUUUGUUCAAAAAUACCAUUUAAAUGUCACGAAAAUUAUUGACACCCAUGUGCAUGCUGAUCAUCUUUCAGCAGGAAAGUAUCUUCACCAGCAUUUGACCAACAAGCCACCCUUGCUGAUUGGUCAUAACGUCACCAAGGUGCAGUCAGUAUUUCGUGACAAGUAUAAUUUUGAACCAAGAGAUCUACCUACCACUGGAGAGCAAUUUUCUCAACUGAUAGGCGAUGCAACAGAAUGGACCCUAGGAAAUGAUAUCCGUUGUAAGGCCAUUGCUACGCCAGGUCAUACACCAGCAUGCAUGAGCUGGUUAAUAGGCGACGCGCUCUUUGCGGGUGAUACUUUGUUCAUGCCCGAUAUUGGUACGGCACGAUGCGAUUUCCCUGGUGGAAGCGCCGAGCAGAUGUAUCAGAGUAUUCACAAGAUAUACGAUACGUUGUUGGACGAUACAAGAGUGUUUGUUGGUCAUGAUUAUCCCAGUGAACGACCGUAUUCGUUCGUGACGUUCUUGGAGGCACAUAAGCGCAACAACAAGAUGAUAAAUGAAAGGGUGAGUCUUGAAGAUUACAUCAAGGCAAGAAAACUUCGAGACGAUCAGCUUAAGGCCCCGAGGUACCUGCACCCUUCUUUACAGACCAAUCUUCGGGGAGGAGAUCUUCCUGCUGCUGAAAGAAGGAAGGGCGAAUGUGAUAAAGAAGCAGGACAAUUCUUUAAGAUUCCUGUUCGAUUUAUUGAAUAAUUUAGAAGUUACCUGGUAACAGAAUUGCCUAUAAAAAAAAUUAAAAGAAAAAGUUUAAAAAGGCGCUACACAUUGCGG